AUGGAGCCCGUGUUCCCUGGAGGAGUGCGCCACAGAAAACGGGAGAAAAACACUCCGCAGUUCAUCACAAUACCAGAUACUGAGGGAAGGGCUACCUCUGGGUCCCUGUUAAUAUCUACUGGAAUUGGAGAGGGGGACUGUUAUAUGCAAGUCACAAAUGAAAAUCAUGCAGAUGAGAAAGCCAUUAAUGCUAUCGUUAUAAAUUCAGUAUCCGAAUUCAAAAUCACAGAUGGACCAGCCAAAGAAACCUCCAACGAGAAAAAACUGUCAGAGUCCAGCACAUCACUGUCCUCCCUUGAAGAAUGCCAAACAAAAUUUUCCUACCUCCAGACUGAUACUUCAGUUCAUCAGAGAGACACUGAUGACGCGUGUGCCUCCCUGAUCCUCGCCUGUCUCUUCUGCCAGUUUUGGGACUGCCUCCUCAUGCUCCCCGAGACGUGCGAAGCCAUGUGCAUCAGCCUGUGCUGCCCCUCUCACGGGUACCACCACACCGCAGAUGAAAGCCACUCACGCGGCGACUGCAGCUGCAACUGUGAUGUGGACUGCAGCCUUUUUGAGUCAUGCCAUGAGACCAGUGAGUGCCUGGAGCUGGCCAUGGAGAUUUCAGAAAUCUGUUACCGCUAG